UUUUACAGAAACUUCUUGUAGAAUUGCAGUAAUUCACGUCCCCCAUUGUACAAGAAGCAAACAUGACUCUUGUUGAUGUAGGAGAUUCGCCUUCAAGGCUAGAGGGAAAGGUCAGUGCCACAAUAAUUUGCUGGAUUCUGGGAUUCGGAUCUAUUGUUUCUUGGAAUAGCAUGGUGACAAUAGGAGAUUAUUACUACAAUUUAUUUCCAAACUACCAUCCUUCUAGGGUGCUUACUCUCGUUUAUCAACCCUUUGCUCUCGGAACAGUGGCGAUACUGACAUACAAAGAAUCAAAGAUCAAUACAAGACGAAGGAACAUAAUCGGCUACUCCAUUUCCUUUGCGAGUACUUUCAUGCUUAUACUGUUGGACUUAGCCACAUCAGGGAGGGGAGGACUCGGAUCGUACAUGGGUAUAUGUGCAUUAGUUGCUUCGUUUGGAGUGGCGGAUGGCUGUAUUCAAGGUGGAGUUGUUGGUGAUUUAUCUUUCAUGCUCCCUGAAUUUAUCCAGUCCUUCUGUGCUGGUUUGGCUGCAUCUGGUGCUGUGACCUCUGCUUUGAGGCUUAUCACCAAAGCAGCCUUCAGUAACUCCGACAACGGUCUUCGAAAAGGAGCACUGUUGUUUCUAGCUAUUUCUACAUUUUUCGAGUUCCUUUGUCUGCUGUUGUAUACAUAUUACUUCCCUAAAUUGCCAAUAGUGAAGUACUUCCGGUCGAAGGCAGCCUCAGAAGGAGCAAAAACUGUGAAAGCUGAUCUUGUAGCUGCUGGAAUCCAAACCAAAGAUGACCAAUCCUUUUCAUUUUUCCAGCAUGAAGAGAAUGCUAAUCAAGUUGAGCGGCUAAGCAACAAGCAACUAUUCUUGCGAAACAUAGACUACGCACUUGACCUUUACCUGAUAUACGUCUUGAAAUUGUCGAUUAUCCCCGGAUUCUUAUUCGAAAACACCGGUGAACACCAGUUGGGUACAUGGUAUCCACUUGUGUUGUUAGCAGCUUUCAAUGUGUGGGAUCUGAUAUCAAGAUAUCUUCCCCUAGUGAAAUUCUUGAAGAUAGAAUCCAGAAAAGGUCUUAUGAUUGCAAUACUUCCUCGUUUCUUACUGAUCCCUGCUUUCUACUUCACCGCCAAGUACGGCGAUCAAGGGUGGAUGAUAUUGCUCGUAUCGAUCUUGGGUUUAACGAAUGGUUACUUUAUCAUCUGUGUCAUGACUACAGCACCUAAAGGCUACAAGGGACCUGAGCAAAAUGCACUGGGUAAUUUACUAAUACUAUGUUUACAGAGUGGAAUAUUUUCAGGGAUAGCUUUGGACUGGUUGUGGCUCAUUGGUAAAAAGAAUGCCUUCUAAUAUAUUUAACUCUUUCUUGUCAA